ACGACACUGAAAUGGUACGGUGCGGUGCCGUGCCUGUCGGUGCUUAGAGCUAAGAAGGGGGACGAGAGAUAGAGAAGAGAGAGAGUGAAUAUGGAGGCGAUAGGAUGCCCUACGAAGCAGCGGUGCGGGCGGGGCUGGCUGCGCUGGAGAGAAACCUCCUCCCGGAUGCAUUGGUCAGGAGGCUGACGCGGCUACUCCUCGCAGGCCGCCUCCGCCUCGGCUACCAACCCUCCGCCGAACUCCAGCUAGCGGAACUCCUCCGGUUCAAGCAGGCUCUUGAAGAUAUGCCUAUAGCUGUGGAAACUGAUAAAGCCAAAUCCCAACACUAUGAGUUACCCACCUCAUUUUUCAAGUUGGUGCUUGGACAGAAUUUAAAGUACAGCUGUUGUUACUUCAAGGACAAAACAAGCAAAUUGGAAGAUGCCGAAAAUGCAAUGUUAGAAUUGUAUUGUGAAAGAGCUCAACUGAAAGAUGGCCAAAAAAUUCUUGACAUAGGAUGUGGCUGGGGUUCCUUUUCAAUAUAUGUUGCAAAGAGAUACAAAAACUGCAAGGUGUCAGGAAUAUGCAACUCAUCUACUCAGAAAGCUUACAUAGAAGAGCAGUGUAGGCACCUUGAGCUUCCCAAUGUAGAAAUAAUUGUUGCUGACAUCAGCAAUUUUGAAAUGGAAGCUUCGUUCGACCGAAUUGUCUCAAUAGAAAUGUUUGAGCAUAUGAAGAACUAUAAGGAACUUCUUAAGAAGAUAUCAUUGUGGAUGAAGGAAGAUAGCUUGUUUUUCAUUCAUCACUUUUGUCAUAAAACAUUUGCUUAUCACUUUGAGGAUAAAAAUGAAGAUGACUGGAUUACAAGAUACUUCUUCACCGGAGGAACCAUGCCUUCGGCAGACCUACUUCUCUAUUUUCAGGAUGAUGUCACUGUGCUAAACCAUUGGCUCGUCAAUGGGUCACAUUAUGCAAGGACAAGGUGGUGUAAUUUGACAAUGAUGCGACAAAGAAUACCAAUGUUCAAACCAGCGAACAGUGGCUUAAAAGAAUGGACUGCAAUUUGAAUUCUAUAAGAC